AUGGAAAACAAUGGUAGUGUGAGAGAUGGCAAUAUCAAAGCGGAAGAUGUUAUAUCGAAACUCAAAGAUGAAGGAGAUUUUGACAGGCUCCGUGUUAAAAUCGUCCGUAAACUCAAAGAAAAUGAAGAGUUGAGAAACAAUAUCAUAUCAAUGGUAAAGAAAUCAGUGGCACUUAACCAUCCAGGUGCUGAAAAUAUGAAACCACGGCAACUUUCUGAUGCCAUACAUAAAGAGAUUGGGGAAAAAGUCAUGAGCCAAAUUUCUGAUGGUGUCUGGAACAUAAUUAGAUCUGGGGAUGGCAUGAAAACAGAGAUAGUUGAAACGGUGCAAUCAGUUUACAAUAAAUUGUCAAACCCAGGAGGAAAUAACCAUUGCGAGACAUCUUCUCACGUUGGUUUGCAGCCUGCUGGGUUUGUGUUAAGCGAUCAAGAUCAGAGUAAGAAGAAUGACAAUGUGCAGAAACCAAAUGAUAAGCUGGGGGUUUCAAUGAUUCGUAAAGGAAAAGAAAUAAAAGAAGUAAAAGAGGGAAACUUGUGCACACCGGCUAUAUUGGAGCCCGACAAUUUGGAGUCUGGUCCUCCACCUGGAUUUUCUUCUAUUCUGGAGCAUAAGCAGGCAGGUCAUCCUAACGAUGAAGAUCCUGAUGUGCCUCCAGGAUUCGGUUGA